GCUUUUUCUUCUGCCUGCUCCCCCCUCCCACCGAGUGCCAUUCUGGCUGCACCGCGCUCGCUCAGAGUUCCCGGCUCCUGCUACGGUAGUGCCGCCGUCGUCAUGAUCAUCUACCGGGACCUCAUCAGCCAUGAUGAGAUGUUCUCCGACAUCUACAAGAUCCGGGAGAUCGCGGACGGGCUGCGCCGGGAGCUGGAGGGGAAGAUGGUCAGUAGGACAGAGGGUAACAUUGAUGACUUGCUCAUUGGUGGAAAUGCCUCCCCUGAAGGCUCGGAGGGCGAAGGUACCGAAAGCACAGUAAUCACUGGUGUUGAUAUUGUCAUGAACCAUCACUUGCAGGAAACCAGCUUCACAAAAGAAGCCUACAAGAAGUACAUCAAAGAUUACAUGAAAUCAAUCAAAGGCAAACUUGAAGAACAGAGGCCAGAAAGAGUAAAGCCUUUUAUGACAGGGGCUGCAGAACAAAUCAAGCACAUCCUUGCUAAUUUCAAAAACUACCAGUUCUUUAUUGGUGAAAACAUGAAUCCAGAUGGCAUGGUUGCUCUGCUGGACUACCGUGAGGAUGAGGUGACCCCAUAUACGAUUUUCUUUAAGGAUGGUUUAGAAAUGGAGAAAUGUUAACGAAUUCGGCCAUGACUUUGGAUGUGUCACCUGUUGCCGUAAGGGGCUGCUCCUCUUCAUCCACAUGACACCAGGACUUAGACAGAUGGGACUAAUGGCAUCUUGAGCUCUUCAUUUGUUUUGACCUGGAUUUAUUUGGAGUGGAGGCAUUGUUUUUAAGAAAAAAACAUGUCAUGUAGGUUGUCUAAAAAUAAAAUGCAUUUAAA